CAGCUUGAGAAAGCCCUGGCUGGGAUGAUUUAGUUGGUGUUGGUCCUUCUUUGAGCAGGGGAUUGGACUAGAUGGCCUCCUGAGGUCUCUUCCAACCCUAAUAUUCCAUGAUUCUUUGCUCACCUAUGUGUGAUGCCUGGCACCUUGCUCUCUCCUGUUCUCUGCCUCUGGUAGGUUAGGCUCCUGAGGACUGAAAUACUUUUUUCCAACUAGAGUCUUUGGUCUCAAUAGAGGGGUAACUGAGUGAACUUUAAUAGUGUGUGGUAUUCUAGAGGUCAGAUUAGGUCUAAUGGUCCCUUCUGCUCUUAAAUUCUAUGGGACUAGUAUCAUAGGCUCUAUGCAACUAACAGCUAAAUGGGAUUCUGUGAUUUGGAACAAGAGGAAAUGAGUUUAAUUCCUGUUGUUGUGAAGUUCCAGUGGCACAACAUGCGGUAUAAUGACAGCUGUGAAGUCUUAGGACUUGUUACAAUGCUAUACACUGGGCCAUAACUUUUAUGCCAUAGCAGAAGUGACAGCACUUUAUCCCACAGUCAUGAAGAGCUGAGAGAUCUAUCCAUCCUGCCAAUGAGGGGCAUUUUCCUAUUGGUGGCCUAAAGUCAACUGACAGAAUGGCAUACCUGUUGGGCAAUCCAAACUGCAUGGAGAGUUUGAGGAAGGACAUCACUGAUCUACAAGGAGCCAUUAUUGAUGUCUUCUCCCGGGCUGGGGCAGUGCGUUAUCCCUCCUGGAAGUUCCCCAAUAAAGUAUCCUGUGAUCUGGAUCUGGUGGCUUUGCUGGAGCAUUACGACCAUGUGGAAAAUGACCCUGAAUUUACCCAGCAUUCCCAUGUAAUGCUCCUCGAACUGGUGAUUGACAGGCUGCUGUUGCUGCUUCAGAGCUUCACAGGCUACAUGGAGAAUCUCAUCAACGAACAAGCUGUGCCCCCCUCCCAGGCAGUGGGACCCUGCAUGUCCAUUGGGCUGGCUGUGAGGAAGUACUGGAACAGCAUGUUGAAACUGGGAGUGCUCCAUCAGCAGCUAGUGACUGAGAAGAAAUCUAACAGGAGUGACAUCUCUGCACUGAAAUCUACCCUGCAAGAUGUGAAAGCUGAGAAUGAGCCUUUGAAAAGCUGCUCACCUGUGAUUUCAGAAUCAAGUGCAUUAUUAGCCAGUGCCCAGUCAACCAUGUCAUGUCUACCACAAACUAUCCGUGGGCCAGACUGUGAUUUCUCAGACACCUCGCAGCCACGGUCUGCAUAUGGUGUCACCAAGAAUGUCUGUAGUGUCCAUUCUCAGACAAUUGAGUCAUCUCUGGUGCCCUGUGAUGCAUGUGCAAGUGGCCAGGCCAGCCUCCAGAAAGUCGGUAAAGCCAUCAUCAGCAUCUGUCUCAGCCAGAACAUCCCCUCGUCCCUGGUCAAAUUCCAAGAGAUGGUUGAGGAGACCCUAGGCAACAAGCCACUCUCAGCUACGGACAUAAGUUUCUGGGCAUCAGAACAGAGCAAAGACCUCUCUCGUAUCAACAGACAUCUUGGGGUGCUGAUGCAGCUGAUAAACCCUUUGAAGGCAGAUCUGGAAGAAUCUGAGAAACAGAAGGAUGAGCUGAGGAAGCAGGUUGAGGGCUUUGACAAGCUUCUUCAGAAGGAGACUGAGACCCAGGAACGGCAGAGGAAGGAGGCUGAGCAGUACCUGGAGGAAAAGAUAAAAGAGAAUUUUCAGAUCACAGCCAAACUGGAGAAGGACAAGGAAGAUCUACAGACAGGAGCUGUUGUGCUGGAGGAGAGAAUUUCCACCUUGAAAGAAGAGCUGCUGUCACAGCAAGCUACCAUGCGAGAGCUGGAGCUGACCAAAAGCACCCUGCUGGAGGAGAUGCGGACUAAGAUGGCCCACAAGAGCCAGAUGACGAAGCUGGAAGACCAAGUGCAGCUGCUAACCAGCCAGUUGGAAAACGCAAGCCACGAGCUUAGCAGGGCCACCACCCAGCUGGACAAGGAGAAGGCCAAAGUGGAAAGCAUGCUCAGGCAUGAGGAGUCGCUCCAGGCCAAGCAGAGGACCCUGUUGCAACAGCUGGACUGCCUGGAUCAGGAGUGCGAGGAGCUGAAGGCCAGCCUAGGCGAAGUUGAAGAUGACAAGGCUAAGCUGGAGCAACAGAUGAAGGCGACACAGGCUGAGAAGCAGCAGAUUCAGGGCCAGCUGGAGGCCCAGCAGCAGCUAAUGGAGAACCUGCAGCAGGAGAAGCUGAGCCUGGAGCAGUCUACGUCUGAACUACUCAGGAACAUCUCCGACCUGGAUGAGCUGCUCCAGGAGCUGAAGGAGAGGGAGAGGUUGCUUGUGUCCUUUCCAGACCUCCACAUCCCUGCUGAGGCGCAGUUUGAGAGCACUGGGAACAUCACUGAUGACAUGGAAAAGCAGCUGCAGGCGAACAACAUCCGAAUUAGCAUCCUGGAGGACGAGAACUCGCGACUCAGGACCGCGCUAGCCAAAAUGAAAGAGGCGGCCCAACAAGGAGCUUUAAGGGUGAGUCUGACCCCAGCCACAGGUGAAGAGGGCACCUCUCAGUGCAAGGGGGAACCAACUGCCAUCAAUAGACAGUUGACAAUGCAGGCAGACUAGGGGGUCAGUGCAACAAUGGGAUCCCUACUGGAUAUGGAGGAUCUGUGACCCAUCCCGUGGCCCCUGGGACUCUGGAGCAGAGGGAUUGGAGGUCAAUCCCAUGGUCUCUCUAGACUUUGGGGUUGGGGGAUUGAGGCUUAUCCUGUGCUCCCUCAAGACUGUACAAAUGGGAGACUUAGGACACAUCCCACUCCCAGUAGAGUUUAGGGCUGGGGAAUAGGAGACCCAUCCUGUUUGGGGCCGGGGAAUAGGAGAUAUGUCCCAUGGCUCCUGGAGGCUGAGGAAUAGACUAUCUGUCCCAUGAUCCCUGUGGGGGCUGAGGAACUACAACUCCACUGUUCUUGGGGGCUAGAAGCUCAGGACUGUUUUCACACAGCCUGUGCUCCAGGACUAAUCCCACUACCUCUGUUCUCUACAACUGUAGGUUUAAUGCUGCCUCCCUGUACUUCUCAGUGAGGCUUAUAUGUCCCAUUCUGUUCCCCCUUGCGGCAAUGCAGUCUAGUAAGAAGAGCACAGUUGUAGAACCAGUAGGAGUCUGGACUCUAAUUUAAAACAGAAACGAGUGCAGACUGUGCCAGAACUGCUGUGAGGCCUUGGGUAGAUGUCACAGGACUUCCUUGCUUGACAACUGGCUCAGCUGGAAAACGGGAUCUAAAUAGCCACUGUGUUUGGAGUGAGGUCUCCUGAAGAAUAACCCAAGUUUGGAAAUCGCUAUUGUCACUUCCCCAGCAUGGGCCUCGGUGCGAACAAGGCUCUCCGCUGAGCUUGGCGCCUGUUCCAGAGAGCGAUUUCUGUAUUAAUAUUCUUCAUGUGGGCCUGCGGCCAAUCCUGGGCUCUGCGAUCACAGGGGACUCCGGAGUCCUUCCUGGGGCUGAUCCUGGGCUCUGCAAUCACAGAGGACUCC